AUGAAGCUCCAAAACCUCCUCCUCCCCGUCUCUUUCGCCACCUUCGCACUCGCUGGCCCGAUUUCCUACGGUAUCUGUCAGAGUGGCUGUGCUGUCGUUGUGGUUGCGUGCUACUCAGGCGCCGGCUUUGUGUUCGGAACAGUUCCUGGAGCCGUAGCGGCUGCCGUUCCCGCUGUCCUAGCGUGUAAUUCCGCCUUUGGUACAUGCUCCGCUACAUGUGCAGGUGUCACGCUCUUGGCGCCGAUUCCUUAGGUUUGCGUUCUGUUUUCAUUCUCUGUAACCCUCCGCUAACAAACUAGUAGGUCAGUAAGGCUGUGCACGGGAUGAACGGACAUUUGGUUUCCAGGUGAAGUUAGGGUGGCUCGAUGGCUCGACCGUGGUUGCCGGGUGGUUGGUGGUGGUCAUGGAGGCGGUGGUGGCAUUAGUUUUCGAAUUUUGGGAGGAUAUCUGA